AUGGCCGCCCCAACUCGCUCGCGCUCAUUUAGCCACAUGGCCAGCACUCAGCAGGACCAUCUCGAUGUCGGAGGCCGUAUCAACUGGCUGGCCUCUCUCGACACCGCCUACAGCCCCGAGCGCAACUAUCGUCGCUCAUCCAUCAUCUGCACCAUCGGCCCCAAGACCAACUCGGUCGAGGCCAUCAAUCGACUGCGCGAUGCGGGCCUUAACGUCGUCCGCAUGAACUUUUCACACGGUUCCUACGAGUACCACCAGUCCGUCAUUGACAAUGCCCGCAAGGCUGUCGAUACACACCCCGGCCGCCCCGUCGCCAUCGCCCUCGACACCAAGGGCCCCGAGAUCCGCACCGGAAACACCAAGAACGAUGAGGAUCUCCCCAUCGCCGUUGGCAAGGUCUUGAACAUCACCACCGAUGACAAGUACGCCACGUCGUGCGACACCGACAACAUGUAUGUCGACUACAAGAACAUCACAAAGGUCAUCCAGCCUGGCCGCAUCAUCUACGUCGACGACGGUGUUCUCGCCUUUGACGUGCUCAGCAUCAAGGACGAGAAGACGAUCGAGGUCCGCGCUCGCAACAACGGUUUCAUCUCCUCGCGCAAGGGUGUCAACCUGCCCAACACCGACGUUGAUCUUCCCGCCCUCUCGGAAAAGGACAAGGCCGAUCUCAAGUUUGGCGUCAAGAACAAGGUGGACAUGAUCUUCGCGUCCUUCAUUCGCCGCGCACAAGACAUCAAGGACAUCCGUGCCGUUCUCGGUGACGAGGGCAAGCAGAUCCAGAUCAUUGCCAAGAUCGAGAACCGCCAGGGCCUGAACAACUUCAAGGAGAUUCUGGACGAAACCGACGGCGUCAUGGUUGCCCGCGGCGAUCUGGGCAUCGAGAUCCCCGCCGCCGAGGUGUUUGCCGCCCAAAAGAAGCUCAUCGCCAUGUGCAACAUUGCCGGCAAGCCUGUCAUCUGUGCCACGCAGAUGCUCGAGUCCAUGAUCAAGAACCCCCGACCCACGCGGGCCGAGAUCAGCGAUGUCGGCAACGCCAUCACCGACGGUGCCGACUGCGUCAUGCUCUCGGGUGAGACGGCCAAGGGAAGCUACCCCGUCGAGGCCGUCCGCGAGAUGCACGAGGCUUGCCUCAAGGCCGAGAACUCGAUCCCUUACGUUUCCCACUUUGAGGAGCUAUGCACCUUGGUCAAGCGUCCCGUUCGAACGGUUGAGUCGUGCGCCAUGGCCGCAGUUCGUGCGUCCCUCGACCUCACCGCCGGCGGCAUCAUUGUACUGUCCACGUCGGGCGAGUCGGCCCGGCUGCUCUCCAAGUACCGCCCGGUCUGCCCCAUCUUCAUGGUGACUCGAAAUGCCACGACCUCGCGUUUCACUCACCUGUACCGUGGUGUAUACCCCUUCCUCUUCCCCGAGGCCAAGCCAGAUUUCGACAAGGUCAACUGGCAAGAAGACGUCGACAGGCGCAUCAAGUGGGCCGUCAACCACGCUCUGGAGCUCGGAACCCUGACCGUCGGCGACACCGUUGUCGUCGUCCAGGGCUGGAAGGGCGGCAUGGGCAACACCAACACGCUGCGAAUCGUCCAGGCGGACCCCAUGAGUCUGGGCAUUGGACAUGCCUCCCACGAUGACCCUUCUGCCACUGCAUCUGCCGCCAUAUUCGAAAUGUCGCUGAUACCUUAUCACCCUCGCGAGGGCCGCGAGAUCGUUCUCCGCCAUCAUAAUUCCAUCGUUGUUCGCGACCCAUCCUCUCGCCGUCUUGAGAUUCGCCGCACGGAGUGUCCAACUUGCCACCAGCCUCUUGGUCGCUCGUCAUCGCCCGAUCGAUCAUACGAACAGCAAUACGACCUGAAUCACGAAUACGUCAAUCCGGAUUACUUUCGUAUGCUGCGUUCCGAAAACCACAGUUUCGUCACAGACAAUGGUCCGUCAAGCCCCAUCAGGAGGUUUGCUCGGCCUGCCCUCGCUAGCGAGUCCUCCACCCGCUCGACACCAGCUCCCGACGCCGUCGACGACGAUGCCGAGUUCAUCUCCACCGCGUCAGGGGCUGGAAAGUUCGAGGGUAGCAGAAUACGGAGAAACGCGUUCAGCCCCAACUAUUUCAAGACCUUCUUCGUGGAGGAGACGGUCUUGGGGAGAGGCGGCAAAGGCGUCGUGCUGCUUGUGAGGCACCAGAUUGAUGGCUGUCAGCUGGGCCAUUUCGCCUGCAAAAGAGUCCCUGUUGGGGACGAUCACGCCUGGCUCGAAAAGGUGCUCAUCGAAGUCGAGCUCCUUGCGAAAUUGUCCCACCCGAACCUGGUAUCCUACCGACACGCCUGGCUCGAGGACGUGAAGCUGAGCAGGUUCGGACCCAGCGUCGCGUGCGCUUUCAUACUUCAGCAGUAUUGCAAUGGUGGUGACCUCCACCAAUACCUGGUUGGUGGAGCAGCGAGAGAAACCACCAAGGAGGAGCUCAAGGCCCAGAUGCGUCGCCGAUCCAAGGGCCAAGCUGAGCCACCACGGAACCUCGUGCAGCGACCCCAGCUUCUCUUCGAGGACAUUUAUUCACUCUUCAAAGACAUCACCUCCGGUGUCGCCCACCUACACGAGAACAACUAUGUCCACCGCGAUCUCAAACCGAGCAAUUGUCUCCUGCACAAGGUAGGCGGCAAGAUGACUUGUCUCAUCAGUGAUUUUGGAGAAGUGCAACCUGAAAAUGCGGUGCGCAAGUCAACCGGAUCAACCGGCACCAUCUCCUACUGUGCCCCGGAAGUACUUCAGAUGGACUCCAAUGGACGUUAUGGAAACUUUACUACCAAAUCGGACAUGUUCUCCCUGGGCAUGAUCUUGUACUUUAUGUGUUUUGGUAGGCUGCCGUACCACGGAGCGAACGCCAUACAGGAGGAGCUGGAAGACAUCGAGCAGCUUCGCGCUGAAAUAACAAGCUGGAAAGGAUUCCAAGACGAGCGACGAGAACGACCGGACUUGCCGCCAAGGCUAUACAGAUUGCUUAAGAGGCUUCUCGCCUUGGAUCCUGUGGAGCGUCCUAGCGCAAGUGAAGUAUUGCUUGCCAUGAGAAGCGAGACCAAUUUUGACGGUUUCACUAGAGGUGGUGGAGUGUUGAAUCCCACUUCUUCUCUGCGAGGAAACCGGGUGCAACACCUGGACUCCCCUGUCCCCUCUGUUGAACCAGUGCUUGAGCCACUCAAUGAUCAGCGUCGGAAUUACUCUCCUUCGACUGACAAGGCCACUUCUUGGUCUGAAACGAGUGAUGUCGGUGUCUCGCAUCCACCAAACGGCAACGCUUCCGCUCUGUCACAGUCUGGCCUUUCGCAGCGGCGUAGAUACAUCGCAGUAGAUGCCCAAGAAAACCAUCACAUUCCCCAGGAAGUCUCGGACAUGGACAAAAGGUCGAGGGCAGAAAGUAACCGGCCGUUCAGCCCACCACUUCUUAUGGCACCCCCUCGCUCAAGGGCGGAAGAGCUCCAGUACCAAACCGAGGUUGCCCUCCAUCGUGUUUCCUCCCUCGUGGGACUUAGGCAAGGAUGGUUGGCUUAUGUCGGCCGCUUAAGUCUCUUCCUUGUCAAGCUCGCUACUCUCGGACGACCGUGCUGGCCUUACGUUGCUCGCCUCGAAGUGAGCGUGCCCUUGAUUUUUGUUGCCGCCUUGGACCUUGGGAUGCCAUCUUCCACAGUCAUCCCUGCCGGCGCGAUGCAUAGGCAUGCUGGCACUGAAGCUAUGGAUCGACUUUUCUCCUUCACAGGACUUGGGAAAAGCGCAAUGCUAUUGGCGUUUCAUUUUGCUGUCCUUUUGGUUGCUUACCGGUGGGAGGCGUUGUGUGUGGUAGCAUCUCAAGAUGCAUGGGCCGGCUGGCAUGGUAACGACUCCUGA